UUACUCACCACAGAGACCUGACGCAGUCUCCACGACAGCUUCAACUUCUCAGGAUUACUUGAAAAUGUUUACUGGUGCUACCACGCAAAAAAACUGAGUAAACUAAGUUAACUAAUCAUGAGAAAACAACUCAUUGAUCCACGGGACUGAAGACAACAGAAGAGCCUAACUUUGUAAAACUUUUUGUAACAGUUCAUGCUGUAAAAUAACGUGGAAUUACAAAGUGUGUCGUUUUGUUGGACUUUUUUUUUUUUUUUAUUUUUUAAGAAAACAUCUAAAAAAAACUCAAAGGCAUUUUAAUACACGUUUAGUCUCCUGUCAGUAUCGCGUUACAACUUUAUUUGGGGAUGUUAAGCUCAGUGAAAAUGGAAUCUCACGAAAUUUCCGAAUGGAAUGCUUUCUACAGUGAGCCAAGUGAGAUGUAUUCCUCUCCGAGCGCCAUGAACUCUGUGAGCAGCUUGAAUAGCUACAUAAAUCUGAACUCUUGUUCCACAUCCAACAUGGGCUACCCCAGCGCAGGUCUCAACAGCAGCCCAUUGAGCAGCAUGGGUGGAGGCCCCAACCACAUGAGUCUGUCCCCUGUCGGCUCCUCUCUGAACCCCAGUUCUCUGACCCAGCUGGGCUCUUCUGCCUCCUCCCUGGGCCCCCUCUCGCAUUACCAAAGCAUGGGUCAACCAAUGUCCCAGAUCAGCUACCCCUCUCCUACCUCUCUCAACAGGACUAAGGAGAUGCCAAAGCCUUACCGUCGCUCGCUGACCCACGCCAAGCCACCGUACUCCUACAUAUCCCUCAUCACGAUGGCCAUCCAGCAGUCCAGCAGCAAAAUGCUAACUUUGAACGAAAUCUACCAGUGGAUCAUGGAUCUGUUCCCGUACUACCGCGAGAACCAGCAGCGCUGGCAGAACUCCAUCCGCCACUCUCUGUCCUUCAACGACUGCUUCGUCAAAGUGGCGCGUUCCCCCGACAAGCCGGGCAAGGGCUCCUACUGGGCGCUUCAUCCCAAUUCUGGGAACAUGUUCGAGAACGGCUGCUACCUGCGUCGCCAGAAGCGCUUCAAGAUCGAGGAUAAAUCUGGGAAAAAGAACUCGGCGAAGUCUCAGGAGGGCGGCAGCAGCAAGGGCAGCCACAGCGGUGAGGGGAUUCAAGAGGAGCACAGUCCCGCCACGGGCUCCGAAGGUGCCGACUCUGCCCAUUCCGACAGCUCCCAUGCAUCGGAAGAGCAGCAGAGGAGCCUGGUGCAGCUGGAUUGCCCAUCUCAAGCCCCCAACCUUUCACACGGCUCGCCAGUGCCAAUUCCAUCUUCGGUGUCCUCCUCCAUGCCCCCGUCCAGCUCGCACCUGCAUUCUCAGGGAAUGGGCGGCAGCUCUCACCUCUUGGCCAGCCCGAUGCAGCACCUGGAUCUGCAGAACGACCCACUGAAGUCCAUGGACCCCCACUACAACUUCAACCAUCCGUUCUCCAUCACCAACCUCAUGUCCAACGAGCAGAAGAUGGACCUCAAGUCGUACCAGGACCAGGUGAUGGCUUACAACAGCUACACCACAACUUCUCCAGUGGCCACCAAACAGAUCUAUGACAGUGCAGGCCCGUCCGCCAUUGACUCUGGGGCCUACUACCAGACCCUCUACAGCAGGUCUGUCCUCAAUGCAUCCUAAUGUGUUUACCAGCCAUCUGAACUCUACAGACUCUUAAUUGCAGGACUCUCCAACACAGAGCUUGCUUUGCCAUUGAUAACUAAGCUUUGGUUCCUUAACUCAUAAAAAUAAAAAAGGCUUUCACAGUGAUGCCAAAGAAGAACCGUUUUUGGUUGCUCAGAGAACCUUUCAGUGAACACUUCUUAGAAGAACCAUAUUUCUCAGUGUGAAGAAACAUCUUGAUGAUAAAGGUUCUUCAUGGAUCCAUGCCAAAAAUAGCCUUAAGUUUUAAGAGUGUGUGAGAAAAGUGCUUUCAUCAGAACCAAAGAAUGAGUUCCAAUGCUUUUUUUCCCCAAAAACUAAUUUAAUUAACAUAUAUUCAGGAACUAAACCUUUUGGUUUUGGAUGUAACACAGAAGAUGUAUACAAAAUGAUGCCACGUGUAUAUACCGUUUUGGGGAAGCAGGAGUCAGGCAUUUAUUUAUGAAGGGAAGAAUUUAAUAUAUCUUGUAUGAUUUUGUGUUGUGAAGUUACGUUAACAAUGUGAUAAUAAGAGGACGUCUGCGUGAUUGCGGAAGCGUUUGAGUUCAGGUUACUGCUGUGAGCAGGUGUUACUGUGUUACAGGGAAACUCUCCUGUUUUGUGUUACAGCACAACGCAUGUUCAGUUGGAGUGCACUAACAUACAGUGUACGUGUAUGGAGAGUGUGUAUCGUUAUGCUUGUCCUUUGAAGAAGCUGAAGAAAUUACUUUUUUACACUUGGCCAUGAAGUCAUUUUGUAUAUUCUGAAGAAUUUUUUUGUGUUAAGUAUAUAGAGAGAUAGAAGUUUGACAAAGACGGAUAAAACUGUGGUAAAUCCAACUGUUUGUUUUACAGACUUCCCUUUUUAGAAAUACUGGCAAUAACAUUCACGAGCUUUCGCUGUUAUUCCAGCGCGCCUCGUGGUCUGCUCAGCUCAGCUUAGGCUGUUAGUAAGAUCAGCAGACAAUGCACUAAGGGCCAUUUCCAUACAAUACUUGCACUAGUGACCUCUCUGUUCUUCACUGCUGGGGAGGGGUGAGAUCGUUUUGUUACAACAAUGCUUUGUAACUACCUUUUUAUCAGAAAAUUAUACAGACCCUGUUGAAAUUGCCAUGAUGUAUUUUUGUAAGAUCUCGUCAUUUAAAAUCUCCUUCAGAGAUUUCAAAGCAGUUUUAAUAAUAAAAACUUUAUCUCAAGCCAUCAUGUCAUAAACAAAUUUCUUGCAAGUCUUUUUGGAAUUUGUAAGAAAGCAGGUCAGAAUUCAUGUUCUUGUACUGUUUAGUUAUAUUUAAACCCAGCUUUUUGGCCAUUGGGCUUAGAAGAUAAGUGUCUUAAUAUAUAUAUAUUGCUUUAUUUGGUUGAUCGUUUCAUGGUAUGUUAUUAAAGUUUGUUAUGUUCUUUUCUUAUUAAAAAAAACUUCUCACA